GGGCCUAGGCCUCACUAGAGACACCCUUUAGUGUCAGGACCCCGGGAGCCAGCCCUCCGGCUGGUAGAGGGACGUGGGGUUGUGGCCUCUCUCUAGCUGCUCUCCAGAGACAGGAAGACCCCCCCCUGGGACCUACAGGCCUAGCCUUUGACCCUGGGGACACCCAGCCCAGCCUUCACCAGGGCUGACAAGUCAGGGGGCAGCGAAUUUUUAACUAGACACAUUGAUCAUUAACAGCGUGGACAAGGAGUCCAAACAGCUCUCCCAUUAGGGCAGAGCCUAGCUGGACCCCGGGCCUCCUGUGGAGAUGCUGGGCUCUCGAGUCUUGUCCUCUGUGAGGCAGGGGCUGAGCAGGGGCUUAUCUAGGAAUGUGAGGGGCCAGACUUCAGGGGAGGGGAGGAAGGUGGACAUCGCAGGCAUCUACCCCCCUGUGACCACUCCCUUCACUGCCACCGCAGAGGUGGACUAUGGGAAAUUGGAAGAGAAUCUGCGCAAACUGGGCACCUUCCCCUUCAGAGGCUUUGUGGUCCAGGGCUCAAACGGCGAAUUCCCCUUCCUGAGCAGCAGUGAGCGCCUGGAGGUGGUUAGCUGUGUGCGCCAGGCCAUGCCCAAGGACAAGCUUCUGCUAGCUGGCUCUGGCUGCGAGUCUACACAAGCCACAGUGGAGAUGACUGUGAGCAUGGCCCAGGUAGGGGCUGACGCCGCCAUGGUGGUGACCCCUUGCUACUAUCGCGGCCGCAUGAACAGCGCUGCCCUUAUUCACCACUACACCAAGGUCGCUGACCUCUCUCCAAUUCCUGUGGUGCUAUACACUGUCCCAGCCAACACAGGGCUGGACCUGCCUGUGGACACGGUGGUCACACUUUCCCAGCACCCAAAUAUCAUCGGCAUCAAGGACAGUGGCGGUGAUGUGACCAGAAUCGGGCUGAUGAUUCACAAGACCAGGAAGCAGGAUUUCCAGGUGUUGGCUGGAUCUGCUGGCUUCCUGCUAGCCAGUUAUGCCAUGGGAGGUGUGGGGGGCAUAUGUGCCCUGGCCAAUGUCCUGGGGGCCCAGGUGUGUCAGCUGGAGCGACUCUGCCUCACAGGACAAUGGGAAGAUGCCCAGGAGCUACAGCACCGCCUCCUCGAGCCAAACACUGCGAUGAACACAGUACAGGCAGAGCACGUGCACCCACGUCCCAGUCUCCCCAGUGUCAGCUACAUCCCAGCCAGGACCCCGACUGACUGAGAUAGUCAAGACAGCACUUCCAUCAGCACCAAGACCCUCCAGGUCCCUCUUUACAGCCACAGGAGCUCACUUCCUGCUCCUGCCCCCUUUCUAGCCUGUGGCAACCACAAAUAUGUUUAUCAGUUUUAAUUUUGUCAGUUCAAGGCUGUUAUAUAAAUGAAAUAAUAUAGUCCAUAACCUUUUGAGAUUGGCUUUUUUUCCCACUCGGUACAAUUUUCUGGAGAUUCAUCCACAUGGUGCAUGGGUCAAUAGGUAGAGCCUUUUUUUUCAUUGUUGUUGUUUACAUACACUUGUCUCCAUUUUUCCCCCACGGCUCCCCCCACCCCCACCGACCCCACCUCCUACCCAGGUGGUUCCUUUUUAUUGAUGAGUAGUUAUUUCAUGGUAUGGCCACACCACCACUUUGUAGCCAUUCCCCUGUUGAAGGAUAGCCAGGUGUUUCCAGAUUUAGCUAUUCAAAGCUGCUAGGAACAUGUACUUAUAUGUUUUUCAUUUUGGGGGAAAGGCAUACAAUUGCUGGGUCACAUGAUGGUUGCAUGUUUAGCGUUUUAUAAGAAACUGCCAAACUGUUUUCCAGAGUGGCUGGAAAAUUUUUACAUUUUCAUUGGUGUAAAUGUAUCAGUGAUCUAAUUUUUCUGCAUCCUUACCAGCAUUUAAUCAUGUGACUAUAUUUUAUUUUAAUCCUUCUGAUAGGUAUGUGGUCCUUGUGGUUUUCAUUUGCAUGUAUCUUAUGGCUAAUGCUAUUGAACUUGUUUUCAUGUAUAUAUUUGCCAUCCGUAUAUGCUCUUAGAUGAAAUGUCAUUUUAUGUCACUUGCCCAUUUUCUAAUUGGAUUAUUUUUUUCUGCUGAGUUUUGAAAGUUCAUUAUAUCUUUUAAAUACUAGGCCUUUGUUAAAUAUGCGGUUUGCAAAUAUUUUCUCCCAAUCAGUAGCUUGUCAUUCUCUUAAAUGUCUUUCGAACAGCAAAAGUUUUCGAUUUCGAUGUCCAGUUUAUCAAUAUUUUUUGUUUAUGCUUUUGAUGUUAAGUCUAAGAACUGUUUGCCUACCAGCAAAUUGUGAAUAUUUUCUCCAAAUUUUUUCCUAAAAGCUUUAUAAUUUUAUGUUUUACAAAUUUUUGAACUACCAGUAUUUUGAGUUAAUUUUUGUGCAAAGUGGGAGACUUAGAUCUAGGUUCUAUUUUAUUUUAUCUAAUUUUAUUUAUUUUUUAAAAGAUUUAAUAAAAAUUUAUCUUUAGAGGGGAAGGGAAGGAGAAAGGGAGAGAAAUAUCAAUGUAUGGUUGCCUCUCGAGUGUCCCCUGCUGGGAACUGGCCUGCAACCCAGGCAUGUGCCCUGACUGGGAAUCGAACUGCGAUCCUCUGGUUCACAGGCCUGCGCUCAAUCCACUGAACUACACCAGCCAGGGCUUUUUUUUUUUUUUUGCCUAUAGAUAUACACUUGCUCCAGCAGCAGUAGUUGAAAAGGUGAUCUUUCCUCUGUGGAGUUACUUUUGUGCUUCUGUCAGAAUCAGUUGGGUGCAUUUGUGUGAGUCUAUUCACGGGUUUGAUACUCUUUCCACUGAUCUACCCUUCGUGAUACCCUGCAGUUUGAUUACUGUAGUAUAUCAUAAAUCUUAAAAUCAGGCAGACUGAUUCUUCCGACUUUGUUUUUUUGAUAUUGUUUUAGGCAGUCGAAUUCCUUUGUCUUUCCUUAUAAAUUUUAGAAUCAUCUGGUCCACAUCUACAAAUAUUCUUACUGGGAUUCUAGUAGGAAUUGGGUUAAACCUGUACCAAUUUUGAGGCAAUUGAUAUGUUACUUAUGUUGUCUUUGAAUUCUUCAAUGUGACAUAUCUCUCCAUCUGUGUAGACUUCCUUUGAUUUAUUUCAUCAGCAUUUUGUAGUUUUUGGCCAACAAAUCCUGUACAAGCUUUGAGAGAUUUGCACCUAAGUGGCUCAUAUUUUUUUUAAUGAUUAUAAAUGGUACUGUAUUUUUAAUUCCACUGUUCAUGAGCUCAUGGUUAGUGUAUAGAAACACCAUUGAUUUUUGCAUGUUUAUCUUGUAUCUUAGGACUUUGCUGAACUCACCUACUAGUCCUAGGAGUUUUUUGGUAGAUUCCUUGGGGUUUUCUACAGACAAUCAUAUCCUCUAUAAAUAGGGGUGGUGUAUCUUCUAGUUCCUUUCUCGCCUUAUUGCCCCGGCGAGGACUUCCUGCACAAUGUUGAGCGAGCGUGGUGACAGUGGACACCCUCACCUUGUUCCCGAUCUUAAGGGAAAACACCCAGCCUUUCUCCAUUAAGCCCAGUGUUAGCUACCGUUUUCUGUAGCUGCUCAUUAUCAAGUUGAGGAAGUUCCCUCGCCAUUCUAGUUUCCAGAGUUUUUUUAAAGUUGUUAAUGGGGAUUGAAUUUGGUCAAAUGUUUUUCUGCAUUGACUGAUAUGAUCAUGUGAUUUCUUCCCCCUUUUAGCCUGUUAAUAUGGUAGAUGACACUAAUAAUUUCCAAAUAUUGAGCCAGAAUCGCACCCCUGGAAUAGACCCGACUUAGUCAUGGUGUGUAACCUUUUUCAUAUGUUGCUGAAUUCCAUUUGCUAAUAUUUUACUGAGGAUUUUUCUGUCUCUAUUCAUGAGGGAUACUGGUAUGUAGUUUUCUUCCCUCUUUCUCUCUAGCGCUACCUUUGUCUGAUUUUGGUAUCAGGAUAAAAGUAGCUUCAUAAAUCAACUGGAAAGUAUUCCCUCCUCUUCUGUUUUCUGGAAGAGGCUCUGUAGAAUUGAUAUCAAAUCUUUUUUACAGUUUUGGUAAUUCUCCAGUGAAACCAUCUAGGCCAGGAGAUUGUUUUGGGGGGAGUUUUAACAUUUUUUCAGCUCUGCGCUCGGCCUCCACUGAUGCAAGCUGGGCUGGGGAGGGUGGGAGUGCGUCCUCAAUGCUCCCGCGUGGCCUCUGAGGACACCUUGCGUGGGUCCGCAGGGUCUGGCCUCCCUAAGGGCGGACUGCGGACAAAGCCAGAACUCCUCACUAGGCCUCCUUCACAGACAGGGAGGAGCACUCUCUUCUGCUAAGUUGUGAGACAGAAGAUCUGGCUCCCUGUUCAGAGCCAGGCCUGGGUGAUGGCGGGGACACAGAGUUUUUGAGGGGUGGAGUGUGGCUGGAGUAGAGUGGUUGUUAUCUAAAAGUUUUCCAUCUUGCUAGGCUGCUCCAUUCCUUGGCUGGAGAGAAUGGCCUUUUGUUGGGGCUUUUAUUGUCUGCAUUCAGUGGCAUUUCAGGGCCGCUGGCUCCUGAAGCUCCAUGGCUGGGCCAGCUGCCCCCGCACAGUGCUGUUCCUUGCUCCUGAGGUCCCCACUCGGUCUUCCUUCUCUCUACCCUCCAGUCCUUGUGAUGCUUGUUUUUAUAUAAUGUGCAAGGAUUUUUAGUUGUAUGUAUUAGGAAGAACGGGGAAAAGUACAUCUAUUUCAUCUUCUUGGAAGUAGAAGCUCUAGCUAGUUUCUUAAAUGAUGAUUUUUUUCAACCUCCAGACCAUUAAAAAUAUUGAAAAAUUUUAAAGUAGGUAUAUUAAAGCUCACACAAAGCAUUCUUUUAGUUUUAAAUAUUUUAUCUACACCCCAAACAUAAUUUGUUAUAAUUUUACUUCCCCGGCUUGAAUGGAAACAAAGUUAUGAAAACAAUUUUUCCCCAAAUCUACUUCUAGAAAACAAAUUAACUAUGAAAAAAUACACAGGUUGUGGAUUUGAUCUCCAGGCAGGACACACAAAAAAAGAAGCAACCAAUGAAUGUGUAAAUAAGUGGAACAACAAAUAGAUGUUUCUCUCUCACUCUCCCCCCUUCCUCUGUCCCUAUAAAAUCAAUUUUAAAAAAUGCACAAGCCCUGGCUGGAGUGACUCAGUGGAGUGAGCAAUGGCUUGCAAACUGAAAGGUCACUGGUUCCAUUCCUGAUCAGGGCACAUUUGCAAAGCAGGUUGCAAAGCAGCUCCCAAGCUGAGGGUGUGCAAGAGGCAACCAAUCCAUGCUUCUCUCUCAUGUUGAUGUUUCUCUCCCUCUCUUUCUCCCUCCCUUCCCCUCUCUCUAAGAACAAACAAAUAAAUAAAUGAAAUCUUUUAAGUAAAUGAAAUCUUUUUAAAAAAUUAAAGGUAUACAGGAAGCUUACUGCCUUAUUUUGCCUCAGGCUACAGUAUGGCAGGGCAUGUUUCUGUUGGAUCCUGUCUUCAUUCAAAACUUUGGUACUUUGUUCACUAUGGAUACUUUUUCAUUGAUUUUGAUUUUUUAAAAACUGCAUUAACUAUUUACCUUGAUGACUGCGUUUUCUGGCAUCCCUACC